AUGUCGAAUUCACCAAAUAAAAAUUGUAUAGGAUGUCACGUAACGAAAAGCUCUGAAGAAUUUUUAAAUGAAAAAGGUGAUGCUUUAACGAAGUAUUCAAAAUGUCGAAAUAACCUUAAAAUAGCUUAUUUGAAAAAUAAAUUACAAGGACCAAUAAUUAGCCAUAUGAAUAUCACCGAAAUUGUAUAUAACUCCUUAAUUUCUUUAAAUAAUACCAACGAUUUUUAUGAAGGAGAAAAUGAGGCGUUAAGCAUGAACUUUAAUAUUGAAUUUUCAACAUUUCAAGACUUUAUCUUGGAAAAAGAUGGGUCUGGAUUGUCAAAUAAAGAAAACCUUGACUUUGAAAUUGGUCGUUGCAUAAUUGCAUCUAUUUCAGAGGGUGAUGGAUACUCUUGGGUUUACAAUGAUAAAAAUAAAAAAAAAACUUCUUUGCUUCUUAUAUAUUAUUGUAAUUGUCGAAUAGAACUUGGAAAAUGUCAAGCUAAACAUCCAAUUCUAGACAAGCAAAGAGACACACCUGCCUUUUUAGACCGAUACAAUUGUGAAGGGACUAUAAAAAUAGAAAUAUUUUCUGAAUUAGAUUUGAUUAUGAUCAAAUAUUCUCACAAAAUGUUACAUUUACAGCCUAGUCAUGUUGAAACAUCAUUAGAAAUUAAAAAAUUUAUCCAGGAUAAUAUUUAUUGUUCGCCUGCUUAA